UCCACACGCGCGCACUCAGUGCUGCGUUCACUGCGAGGCGCACUCUUGCUUGCCAGCGCUCCAGUCCAGCACGGACUUUUUCACUCCACGCGAGACCCUAAUUGCUUUGAUCACAGGCGAACAAUUCUACGACGGAACAAAUCAGUGUCGAAGGAGUUUAGAAUGCCGAGAGAUGAAGAAGUCUCACUAGUUGAUCGCUGUGAGCGCAAACGGACCUUGACAAGCUGCGUUCAUGGAUUGACUCAGUGACUGGCAUUUGACCCCCCCACCCCCAACCCCCUUUCCUCUCCAUAAACUUCUUAUUUUUUUUCAUUUUUCAACAAUCGUGGUCAGUAUCAUUGAUUCAAAUUUAAAACUGGAUUAUCGUGGAAUCAACGGGUCAUUCAUUUGGAGUUGAACGAGGAUACUGUUACCCCCCCCCCCCCCCUCCACUCUUAAAACACGGAUUAUCCUUUGGAAUAAUAAUUUAAAAAAAGAUUUAAGAGCACCUAAUAGGAAUCGAUACAUCUCCUCGCUCCAUCAUGAGGUCCCUCACGGCGUGGAUUUGCCUGUGCAGCUUUCUUCUGCUUUUAGAUGAAACCGCGAGUUCCUGGGACGGCUCCUCGGCUUUGCCGGCGGUGUUGGCCGACGGGCACCCCGGGUCCGAAGUGGCCGGGACGCCAUCGGAAUGGGUGGACUGCAUCCAAGCGAGUGACAUGUGCAACCAGAACCCGCACUGCAGCUCUCGGUACCGUGUGAUGCGCCAGUGCUUGGUGGGCAAGGAGAAGGAAGCCAUGCUGGACAACAACCAGGAGUGCCGAGCGGCCCUGCAGGUGCUGCUGGUCAGCCCGCUCUUCGACUGCCGCUGCAAGAGGGGCAUGAAGAAGGAGCUGCAGUGUCUUCAGAACUACUGGACCAUCCAUAUGGGACUCACUGAAGACGGAGACAUGGACGACUUAUCGCCAUAUGAACCUGUAGCACCAGGCCGUCAUCAGGAUGCAUUCCGCUUGGCCUCCAUCUCCUCAGGGAUGCUCACAGUAGCCCCGAAGGGUUUCCACUGCGCCGACGCCGAGAAAACCUGCAACCCCUGCCUGGACGCUGCCAAAGCCUGCAACCUCAACGGCACCUGCAAGAGGCACCGCUCGUCCUAUAUCGCCACCUGCAGCAAGGAGGACCCCAACAAGGGGGAAACCUGCAGCAAGAAGCGCUGCCACAAAGCACUGCGGCUCUUUCUGGACCGCGUGCCCACCGAGUUCAGCCACCGCCUGCUGUUCUGUCCCUGCCAGACGGAGGGCUGCGCCGAGCGCCGCCGCCAGACCAUCGUGCCCGAUUGCUCCUAUAAAGAGAAAGAAAAACCCAACUGCCUGGAGCUGAAGAAGGUCUGCCGCCAGGACUCUCUCUGCAGAUCCCGGAUGAAUGAUUUCAUGAGAAACUGCCGCAACAUCCCACCCGCAGUGAGCACCUGUCCCAACCAAGACAAUCACCAAGCUUGCCUGGCCUCCUACACACGACUCAUCGGGACGGACAUAACACCCAACUACGUGGACAGCAGCUUCAGCCAUUGGGUCGUCUCGCCCUGGUGCACCUGCAAGGGCAGCGGCAACCAGGAAGAGGAGUGCGCCAAUUUCCUGCAGAGCUUCACCGACAACACUUGCCUGAGAAACGCCAUUCAGGCCUUUGGGUACGGUCUGGAUUACAUGGCCAGCAAGAACGCAUCCGUCCCCGACCCCUCGGCCACGGCGAAGACCACGUCGGAUCUUUUGGCGCCAACCACCGCGCCUCCCUUUGUGACUAUUGUGAAGUAUCCCGAACCGAGAGAUGGCGGGCCCGGCAAACCUCAGGGCCUGCCAGGGGAUCACUGCGCCUGUGUGCAUGCCAACGUCUGGGCUCUGCUUCCUGGCCUGGCUUUGGCUUUGCUCUGGGCUCGACAUGCCUUGUAGAAGUGCCAGGAGGGGUGGGGGGGGAAGAGGUCACCCUCCCACAAGAUGAUCCCAAAAGCAGGUGGUGUUAUUUCUCUGACUGAUAUUAAGAAGGCGGCAACGCUGGACAUUUGACAUGGAAAGAAAAAAAAAAACAACAACAACUGACCGGGAGAGUGCAACAAAUUUAAAGAAAACAAGAAGAAGAAGAACAAACGAGUCGAAGUGCUUGACGUUCCAUUCGUUGUCAUAUGACCACGGACCACACGGAUGAAAAAAAAAAAGGACCCUCGUUGGCAUGAGGGCCAGCUCCCUCCCGCAAAAGACGUCUCGGCAAAGCCAAACGAUCAAAGACUGAUAAAGAGAAAACGGUCAACGGGAAGGUUUUGAAAGAAACGCGUUUCGGCUCUCAGUCUUGUUUUUCUUGUCCCCCCCCCCAAGGAUGAUGAUUACAGCCUGUUUAUUAUCAACUGUAAUCUAGAAAACCUACUCAGUGUUCUAAGUGUUGGUAUAGUAUCUGUGAUCAUGAAAAAAAUAAAAAAUAAAAACCAAAAAAAUAUAUAAACCGUUCAUUUCAGGUGCCCCCAGUGCGAUUUGGCAAGAGGCAGUCAAGCAUUGUUCAUGGUUCUUUGCUCAUUUGAGAUGUUGCUGUUGACCACCGUGGCGGUACACCACGCAUCCACUUGCACACGUGAAUAUCUGUCUCUAUGUAUUUAAUGAAAAAAAAAAUGGAGGAAAAACAAACAAAAAACAAAAAAAAGAACACCUUACUUUCUUGAUCUCAGCCGAAAUGGUAUCUGCACUUCUGUCAAACUACGAUGACUGUGUGUCGACUUUGCAAUUGGAUUUGUUAACUGAUGUAAGGCCUUCAUUAUCUGCGUUUAAAUGUGUCCGUGCAAAGGAAUGAUGACAAAGAAUGUAUACAGGAACGAGAUUAAAUCAGAUGUCUGCUCAGAACGCCACAGCCCGACGUGUGAGUGCUUUAACGUAUUCAUCGAGACAAUCAACGACACCGUGUGUGUGUGUGUGUGUGUUUGUGUUUACAGUGGAUAUAAAAAGUCUGCACACCCCUGCUCCAAUGGCAAGGCUUUGUGACGAAAACAAAAACAAACAAGCACGAGAAAAAUCAUUUCAAAACGUUUUCUGCCACUUAUGAGACCUAUGUUGAAUUCAUCUGUAUAGCAACGGAGUUACAAAGAUGGUAAAAAAUGUGUCACUACACACCCAUCAUUACACUCAAGUGCCUCUCGGAUAAAUCACAAAUUUAAAGUCUUUGUGUGAACACUGACUGCUGUUUUGACCCGUUCAUAAUUGCUUACAUCCCGUCUUGUCACUGAAGAAAAAUGGCCGCAAAUUAUGAUGCUUCCACCAAUGCUUUUAUUUUGGAGGGGUGAUGUGGUGGGGGAGCAGUGCAGGUCUCCAGAGUGCCUCUAAAACUUGGAACGGUGAAAGUAGAUUUUUCCCAUCUACUGAUGCAUGUGGGAUCAGUGACAUUGCACUUUUGUUUUUUUUGUGUAUGUGCAUAUUUUUUUUUUGCUGUUGACAAACUUCUGCUCCACAUUUCAGCCCACUUCUCCAUAAUGUAUUGAGAAUUUGUGAAAAAGGUGAAUAUUUAUAGCGCACGUCCAGUUACAGUGUGUUGCCCCUAGAAUUUCAGGUUAGGGAGUGUUUUGCGUCGAGGGCGUCCUUUGAAAUUUUGGGCGAAAAGUUCAUUCUUUGUUUCACUGGACUACAACAAAAUCUCUAAAACACGUGAAAAUGUUAUAAGACACACUUGUGCUGCCACAUUUCGAAUCGUUUACUUCACAUCUCAAAAGGAGUUAUAAAAAUCCAAUAACGGGCUGUGAAAAUGUUUGUUUUUUUUUUUUCAAUAUCACAAAAAUGUGGCAUCGGAACCGGGGGGUUGGAGGUCGUCACCAUUUCUAUAUCCACUAUACUGUACAUGCCUGAGAAAAUGUUGAGUCAUCAAUUACAACGAGACAAGCUUGUGAAGGCGAGACAACAACAAUAAAAAAAAGUCUUACAUUGAAAAAGGAAGGAAAGCUAUUUUUCAAUGUCCAGUUAAAUCUGAUGUUUGUGCUGAAUUUUAUUGAUAAGAGUCGUAAGGUAUUUUGCAGUCAGGCUGUUUCUUUCGCUCAAAGUUUGAUGGACCGUUUUAUCUGUAUGCUAAAGUUGCCCAAGUGUAGUUGCUACUGAGCUUAGCUGCAUAUAAAGAUUGGAUAUUUGAAAA